AAAACAAAAGAGUUAAAAUAAAUUUUUGUUGACACUCAAAAGGGGUUAAAUUAAAUUUACAAGUAUGAUAAAGAAUAAUUUUUAAAUGCUGAAAAAGAACUCGCUUCCAACGCAAUUGGAAAUGAGAAUUAGUUUGGGAGAUGAACUUGCAAAUGUUGUUUUUAAAUUGAGUCAUAAAGAAAUUUCAAGGAUUUUAGGAAUAUCACUUGCUGGUCCAGAAAAAGGACUUUAUAUGUCAUCCAGUGAUCAAUUGAUGGGCAAAAAUUAUUUAAAAUCGCCAAUUCACACUGAUUAUAUUAAAGCAUGUUCGCACAAUGCAAUUUUACAAAUUGGAGAGCAAGUUUUAGAAAAAUAUCGUCAAAAAACGGAGGAGAGAAUAAAAAUGAAAUUUCUUCAAGAUCUUGAUAGAGAAAAAAAUUUGAGUAAAGCUGAAACGAGACGAGUAGUUAAAGAUGUUUUUGAAAAAACCCAAGAGCAAUACGAAAAUCGAAUUUUAGAAUUAAAAUCCCAUUUUACCAAAGAACUGGAGUAUCAAUUGGAGAAUACAAUGAAUGAUUGCAAAUUAAAAAUGCAAGAAGCAAUUUUAGAAGAACGAGAAAAUAUUUCACGUGAAAUGUUGGAGAAAAUUAAAGACGAAAUUGAAUUUGUUACUAAUUCUUUAAAUAAUAAUUUUGAAUUGAAACUUAUUGCUGAGAAGGAAAAAAUGAUGACUGAAUUUAAUGAAACUACAAGACAACGUGAUUGUUUAAAAAUAAAUGAGACAAUGAAAGAAAUAAUUAAACAAAAAGAAGAGGAAUUUCAAAGAAAAUUUCAUGAAUUUGAAUUACAAAAAAUUGCAGAUCUCACUUAUAUUUUAUGUUCAGAAAGAAUGCGUUGUUGUACUGAAAAAAAUGAAAUUCAUCAAACUUUUCAGAAACAAAUUGAAAUUGUACAAAAUAUGCUGUUGAAAGCAAAUCAAGUGAUUAAAUUACUAAAGGAAAAAUCUUUUGAAAAUAAUGAAAAUAAUAAUAAAAAAUGGGAAACAAUAAUAAUUGAAAUUGUAAAAGAAUUUCAGAAAUUUAUCAAUUUUGCCUUUGGCGCUGUACCUGGACAGGCAGAAUUUCUCCUCUCGUUAGAAGCAAUAUUAGGAUUUGAAUUGGAAAAGAAAAUUUCUGAAAAUUAUAAAAAAUCACUCAAAGAAGAAAAUAAAGAAUUUCAUAUUAUUGAAAUUGUUGAUAAAUGUGAAAGAAAAUGGAAACCUUUUCAAAAAAUUGUAAAUUUAAAUUCAAUUUUUUCAAUUAAUAAUUUUGAAAAAAUAUUAUUCGAACGAGCUGAUGAUUUUCAUUCAGAAAAUGAAAUGAAAACAAUAACUGAUUUCACAGAAAAUGAUCGUUUUAUCAUUGAAUUAAAAUCAACGAACCGUUCUAAGAAAGAAAGUAUGUGGGAAAAAAUUAAAACUCACAAUCAAAUAAUGAAAAAUUCGACUCAAGUAUGUAAAAAAGAUAAAGAAAUAUUGAAAAAAAUUCAAGAGAACGAAAAGGAAUGUUUUCAGUCUUUUGAAGAAUUCACAAUUUCAAGAAUGAAAUCAUUAAAACAAAUAUUUAAAUUACAUCCAAGUUUAAAACAUAUUUUAAUAUCACAAAUAUCGGUAAAAUAAAUUUAAAGACAAAAUCAUAUUAAAAAUAUUUUUUUAAUAUACUCACAUCUAAA